AAAACCUUAUUUUGCCGUUCUCCUUGCUGCAUCUGCAUCUAUGGAACUGGACUGGGGAUGCUGAACCGCAUCAAGGGAACAAUAUUGAUUCAAAUGUUAUCCUGUUGAAUACGUCCAUAUUCUCAAUCUAUCGGCAAUCAAGGUGGAACUUUUAGAGAAAGUAGGUGAAUCAAGUGUCUGGUGCGCAAAACUUGUUUUUUCUGACGGGGCAAAUUGACCUGAUCCCGCUGCAACCAGCUCGCGGAGGAGACAAGAGGCGCUCGCCUUUCUCCCAGCCCAGUGGAUUGUAGCAAAUUCUAUUGUGAUGCUAAAAUGAGGUCGUAAGAGGGAGAGGGCUGACCAACGACCAGAAGUGAAGCUAUCCACGGGAUUUCUGCAAAAUCCAUUUGAAGUUAACAUGUUUCUUUUCGUUUGUUCCAUCCAUUUAAUGUUUGUGGAGCGUUUCAUUUUCACCACUUGUUGUUGACUGUUGGAACGAAGUCAAAUUGUUUCAACAGACAGACUGCGGCGAGAGAGGGAAGGCAAAACCAUGUUUCAUUCGCUGACUAAGAUUCGGUAGUGUUAGGAAAUGAUUUAGCCUGUCUGAUAUGAGUGGACAUGCCCCUCUCGGUAUGCGCUGCAGAAGACUUUAAUGAGAAAAGGAAAACAUAACAAAUCAUUUAUUCAAUCUUUUCGAAAUAAUUUCCCCUCUGCUGUGGGUCUGGUGGACUGAAUAGGACCCGAGCCACCAGGACCAGGCUUCCUCGGCAGUGCUAGUGAUUAUGGAUAGCAGUCUCCCCAGCUACAGUACAGUCAUACACCGAGGAAAGACGCUGUUUCUGGAGGCUCGACUCCUGGGUGGGGCGCCCUGGGGGUUUCAGCUCAAAGGAGGUCUGGAACAUGGAGAAGAGUUGAUCGUCUCGAAGGUUGAGGGAGGUGGGAAGGCGGACCUGUUGGAACACCCCCUGUUGCCAGGUGACCAGGUGGUUGUCAUUAACGACGUGGAGCUCAGUGGAUUCAGGCAGGAAGCCAUCUCAUUGGUCAAAGGAUCCUACAAGACUCUUCGACUCACUGUUCGCAGGGAGUCCUUCCCAGGCCCCUGCUGUGAUGAACCCACCCCUCUGACACUACCUUCCAUCGCCCCUCCCUUGGACCACCUCACCCCCCCCUCCAGCCACGGACCCCCGAAGGAGACCCGUGGAGGAUGUUCUGGAGGAGUUAAACUACGCAUCAAGAACAGACGCAGUGAGCCCGUCUCCAGACCACACUCGUGGCACUCCACCAAACUAGGCGAGGGCCAGCCAGACCCCAGCAUGGUGCAGAUAUCCCAGGGCACCAUAGACCCUCCCUGGCAUCACACAUUCAACUCCAGUGCGUCCACUACAGACCUGUCAGGUUACGACCCAGGUUACCUGAGGAAGAGUCCAGACCAGUACAGUUCUAGAGGAAGUAUGGAGAGCCUUGGGGAGCACCACGGCCACCCAGCCUACAGUUCUUCCUGCCACCAGCUGUCUGCCUCCAAGUCCUCCAACAGCAUGGACCACCUUCACAGCAAAAGGGACUCAGCUUACUCCUCCUUCUCUACCAGCUCUAGUAUCCCAGAGUACCUAGCGGCCACUCCGACCUUUAGUAAGGAGAGGUCAUACUCCAUGGAGACGGUUCCACAGAGGGGUGGGGUUAGCGGAGGAGGGGGAGGGGCCAUGGCGGAGGGCAUGCAGCAUGCUGACAUCCGAUACAUCCGUACGGUCUACGACCCCCAGCAGGGAGGUGCCCAAGAGCACGAGGUCAGCUCCGCUGCGUUGCUACGCAACCACGAGGCCGGCGGGGCGGGUUCUCAUAGUGGGGGCAAGGCCUCCUGUCACCGCGGCAGUAGUAGCUGUAAUAACAGCAGUGGCGGAAGCAACGGCGGUAAUAACCCCAAACGACACAGCGUUGGACCAAUCUGGGGUCAGUCUCAAUCCGCCAGCCGUAGUUCCUAUGAAAGCCUGAAGGGGGCGCCGGCUCCUCCCAUGCGGAGUGACAGCUACGCGGCGAUCAGACACCACGAGAGGCCCAAUUCCUGGUCCAGCCUGGAUCAGACUCGCUCCCUCAGGGCUCUCCACAAGGGGUCCACCUCCUCCUGGUACCACUCCUCUGGCUCCGUGGCCUCCGGCUCGGGGAAGGGCUCCUACGGGGCCGAGGGCCAGCUCCACACCGUCAUAGAGAAGAGUCCUGAGAGCAGCCCCACCAUCAAGCCCAAACAGGGCGUGGGUCAAGUCCCCCAGCCCCCUCAGCCCCAGAAUACAUCUGGCCGCCUCAUGUCGCCUCAGGGCAUCUACCCAGUGCCCCCUCCGGAGACCCACUAUGCAGAGAUGCCCACCAGCAGCCCCAGCCCCAGCCCCAGCAGUGUGUACCCAGGCCUGGCCAGGGAGAGCAGUCUGAGCAGACAGAGAGAGCUCCAGGGGUUAGGGGUGGGGGUCAGUGUGGAUACAGGGAUCGAGGUAUCUGUAGAGAACAGAUACCAAAGCAACACUUUCAACUCUUAUGUCACCCGUUCCAACCAGCCUCAGCAUGACUUAGCUCCGCCUCCAACCAAACAGCCAGCCCAGCCUGUUAACAGAGGGGGUGACAGAGGACAUGAGGAGACCCAAACCAAACUGGGUCUCUCCGGGUCUCAUUUGAAGGGGGAGGGACAAACCGUCUCCCGAAGGCAGAGCCAGCAGGGUCAUGGACAGGGUCAGGUGUACAGACCCUCUUCAGCCCAGUCCAUAGGCCAGGAGAGGAGGGACCCAUACACUCCAGUCCAGCCGCGGAGAGAGAGGCUACCCAGGUAUUCCCAAGGCUCAGAGAGUUACACUGAGAAGCAUCAGGUCAGACACACUGAACACAGCCAUCCAGACCCUCAUCCAGACCCUCCCACUACCAUGCCCACUAAGAUAUCCAAGGUCCACGUUCCUCAGCGGAUCAGGACUAGCAGUAUCCCAGCCAAAGGGCCUGAUCAUCGGGUCAAUAACCAGAGGUCCAGGUCCCCCAUCCGGCACUACAGCGACCCCAGUCCACCCCAUCACCAGAAGAACCAGAGGGGACCAGAGCACCCCCUGACCCGGCUAGAGAAUGCCCUGGCGGAGGUUCAACGUUGUGCCAGUCCAGAGAGCUCCACUAGGAGUCGGAGCAGCCACCAGAGGAACCCGUCUGUCCUGGAGAAGGUAAACCGGUUUGAGCGCCACGAGCAGAGGAAGCAGAGGAGUCAAAGCAUCAAUGCCACCCACACCAACCUAGGACCCUCCUCCUCCUCCCGUCCAACUCAGCCCCAGCCUCAGCCCAAGCACCAUGAGAGGGCCAUGAGCUAUGGUACUGGAAUGGAUGACCUGCGCAACAUGCUGGAGAGAAGCAGCAGCCCCAGCAGCACCUGCAGAACACGGAGCUCCUCCUCUAGCGCACAUCAUGGGAAAACUACAGUGGCCCAAAAGGGUCAUCAUUACGCAGAGCAGCAGAGGCCAGGAAGUUAUGACCAAGCCAAGCCCCAGACCUCCAGGGACCCCCACCACCAGCCUAACCCCAUGGACCCGAACCCUGGCUUGGCUCUACAGAGGAGCAGGAGCACCUUCCAACUGGGAAACCAGGAGGAGAACGGCCAUGACAGGGACAGAGAGUUCCAUUGGAGGGAUGACCUGCAGGACCUACUGGGGACCAUCCAGGACACGUCUUUUAACCGGGCCUACAGGGACAGUAUCAAGGAUGCCCAGUCCAAGGUGCUCCGAUCCACCUCCUUCAGACGCAGGGACCUGGGAAUCAGCUCCAGCUCUAACCAGAGCUCCAACAACCCCCCUCCUGGUGUCAACAACAACGCCACUCCUGGUGUCAACAACAACGCCACUCCUGGUGUCAACAACAACCCCCCUCCUGGUGUCAACAACAACGCCACUCCUGGUGUCAACAACAACGCCACUCCUGGUGUCAACAACAACCCCCCUCCUGUCCCUGCUAAGCACUUAUCCUUGGAGCGGAAGGCAGUGGCCCCCAAGACCGGUCCCAAAUCCUCCAUUGUCACCACCACUGUCCCAGCCUCCGCCCCAGGCACUCCCCUGUCCCCUCACACCCCCAAAGAGAGGCACACGAUCACCACCCCAGACCCAGUCCCAGCCCCAGCCACCUCUCCAUCCCCUCACACCCCCAAAGAGAGGCACACGAUCACCACCCCAGACCCAGUCCCAGCCCCAACCACCUCUACCUCCCCUCACACCCCCAAAGAGAGGCACCUUGUCACCCCCAAGCCCGAGAGGUUCAGCCCCCCAGAGCUCCCCAGUGUCCCAGCCUUGGGCCCAACAGUCCCGGCCCGAAUCGGUGGGCGUAAGAGGCUCACCAUGGAGCAGAAGAAGAGAUCGUACUCUGAGCCAGAGAGCAUGCACGAGGUGGGGUUAGAGUCUGACCCGAGGAGGAGUGCCCAGCACCAGCAGAUCCUGUUCCAAGGCACAGAGACCAGCGUGGCAGACCGCAGGAGGAUGUUUGAGGUGGCAACCAGUCGCAGCCUGAGCUCCAGCUCCCAGGCUCCUCAGGCCCUCCAGGGCUCCCGGGCUGGUCUAGCCGUCUCCCGGCCGGAGCUCUGGCAGCUGCAGCAGGAUGCCCUGGCCGACUACAUGGAGAGGAAGAGAGGCUGGAGGACAGACAGGGACAGGGACAGGUCCGAGGAGAGACAGCAUCGUCACCGGCCCCACAGUGCCUACCUCCAGCCCUUCACAGACACCCAGAGUGUCUCUUCCACCUCCACCACCAGCCUAGCCUCUCUCCAGGAUCUGUUUGACCCAGAAAGGAGCCUGUCUGGUGAGGAAAGGCUCUGCUCCACCCUGCCUCCUGGUCUGCAGCUCCAGGACAGUAUCUACCCAGGCAGGGUGACCACACCACACAUCCAUGCCCAGGCCCCCACCUCAGUCUCCACCUCCCACCAACACCCCACUGGAUUUGGAUCCAACAGGCCUCUGGAGGGAGUCCCAGCCAAGGCCUACGAGGCUUUCCGGAGCCAGCGAGGCGAUGUGGCCUUUGAAAGAACGGCUCCAGCCCGCAGCUCUGGGAAGUCCGCCUCAGCGGAGGAUCUUCUAGAACACUCUGAGGAGAGGCCUGCACCACAGCACUUCAGAUCCCACUCCUCGCCAUCUGUAGAGAGGCUCAACCAGGACUUCAUGACAGGAGGAGAUCUGAGGAUGUUUCCGGACUUCUCUAAUGAACCCCAGCUGUUCACACACCAUGACAACAACAGGUCCAUGGACAAGCAGCGUUUAAAGCGCCCUGUCUCAGCCUCCCAGUCCCAGUAUGUACCCACCCACUACCUGCUGAAUCCGGGUCCUUCCCAAAGCAACACCCCUGUGAUGAGGAGAGAGAGGCAGAGGAACCCCGACCGCCAGCGGGCCCUUAGUGCCUCCGGCCUGGCUGCCUCUGUAGGUCUACCCUGCCCCUUCUCCUCCCCAGGCUCCAGCCCCAACACUAGCCUUGACUGGCAGGUCAGCGAGAGGUUAAGCCAGGGAAACCUGGAUGCCAUCGCCUUCCCCUGCCUGUUGCAGGUUGACGCUCCCAGAGCCGUGUCCCCAGAGACCAGGCGGAGCCCCACAGCACAUCAGGGCCAGAACCAAGAUCUGCAGACCAGGACCAGACUGGGCUCAUCAGACACCAGCACCUCAGAGGAGACCCUGAAAGACUUCCCCAUAGAGAGUUCCAUACCAAAGAACAUCCCCCUGGUCAUACCUGAGACCUCUCUAACUCCACCUCCUCCUAAAACCUCUCCCAGACCACACCCCCUGCUCUCCCUCCGCAUCUCAGAGUCCAACCUGCAGGAGACCCCGCCCUUACACAUAACUUCGCCCACACAGGUAGUCCCUCCAAUAGUCUCCUUACAGGACUAUGACGAGGUGUUCCUCCAGGAGCUGGCCCCUCCCUCCCCUCCUCCUCCCCCGCUCCCCAUCAGGGAGACGGACAUCACAGAGGACUUCCCUCCUCCUCCUCCUCCUCUCCUCCUCCUCCCCUCCUCCUCCUCACCCCCAGACAAAGAGGAGCAUCGUCCUGAGCUACAGCUCUUCAACAGCUGUGAGUUCCUGGAGGCUGUGUGUCCAGAGAGAAGACCAUCUAUCUCCUCCCCUUCCCCUCAGACAGUCCCCCUCUCUAUCCCCCAGCCUGAGACUCCGACCCACCAGACCCCCAUCGACCCCAGCAGCAGUAUCCCAGAUCCCCAGCAGGGGCCUAGCGGUAAGGAAAGCCUGGGGUUAGAGUACCAUCUCCUGGCCAGGAGGGAGAGGUCUGCUGGGGAGCUGAAGGUGGAAGCCCUGGUCAGACAGCUGGUGUCCCGGGGGGAUAAGACCCUGAGCCCGAUGCUGGACACCUGGCUCGGGGGCGGACGGACCAGCACCAUGGACCUGAUGGAAGAGAUCUUCCCCGCUGGGGGAGGGAGGUUGCCGUGGCAACGCCGUAGGAGCAGCACCUGGCUGGAGGACAGAAGUCAAGAUGGCGUCUGUUCUACAGGACCUCCUAGUCUGCUGCAGAAAACAGAGGAGGGAAGAGGAAUAGAUCUGGAUGAGGAAGAGGCAGACCUCAAUCAGAAAAAGGUGGAGCUACUCCAGGCUCUGACCCUUAGCGUUGCCUCACUCCGAGAGGAGAGAGAGGUUCUGGGUGAGGAGCAGAGGAGGUUCCGGGCCCUAGGGGGCCACAUGGAGAGCCUGGUCCAGGAGCGCUGUAAGCCCAACGAGAAGGAGAAGUACAGGAUGUUCAUCGGGGACCUGGAUAAGAUAGUCAACUUGUUGAUGUCUCUGUGUGGCCGGCUGGCCCGGGUCCAUAACGCUCUCUACGACCUGGACAGAGAGGAGGAGACAGAGGACAGCGCAGAGGAGAGGGAGUCCUUACAGCAGAAGCGCAGGCAGCUGUGUAGUCAGCACGAGGAUGCCAGGGAGCUGAAGGAGAAUCUGGAUCGUAGGGAGCGUGUGGUGCUGGACAUCCUGGGUGGGUACCUGACCGGGCCGCAGCUAAGAGACUACCAGCAUUACGUCUGUAUGAGACCUGCCUUCCUGAUCCGACAGAGACACCUGGACGAGCUCAUCAAGCAGGGGGACGAGCAGCUCGACAGGCUGAUAGAGAGUAUCUCUCCUGGGGACCACCAGGGCUCCUCCGACCCAGGGUUCGGCCCCAGGGGUCCCGGUCCUAACCUCGGUCCUACCCAUACUGUCCGCUCCAUCACUGUAACAUCCCUGUGACUCGUGUAAAACCCCAACCAUAACAGUCCUGGUUACUAACCACGAUACAGCAGCUGUGUCUCUGGGACAAUGGGUGAAGACUACGACAUUACAACACGUGUGACUGACGAAUGACACCGCAAAACAACAGAGGAAGAGGAGACGGAGACAGCAUCUCUCUUCCCAUGUAGAGAUGAACUGUAGAGAAAGGAUGUCACCCGUCUGUUCCCUUGUUUUGCGUACAGACAGACAAACUAUGAGAAGUGACCAUGAUGGAUAUGUUGUUGUGCCUCUUUAUCAUAUUUCUGCCUUCUUUGUUACUCCAGCUUCUUCACAUAUUAUCUCUGUUGUGACUGCGCCACUCUUUGGUUGAUUCAACACACGGUUCAAGUGCCGAGUGUAAUUCAUACGAACAGAUUGACAUAUCAGUUGAAAUAUUACUACUGCCUUUACACAUCACUACAGCUGAGAACUCUGUUUUGGCAGAUUAACUACUGAUUGGUCAGAAUCACAGAUCUAGAAUUUACUUGUAUAUCUCAUUCUGUUCCUAUUGGUCAGGAGGAACCAGACCUGAAAUAGGCCUGUUUUCUUUAGCAACACAACAGCACGCUCUGACACACAUGAAUAUGUAGCCACAAAAUCGAAGGCUUUUUUUUAUUUUUUAAUUUUUUACUUCAAAUACUUAUUAUUUCAGACUCAAAAAUGAUCGCUAAUGGAAAAAAAAAAGCUACCAUGACACUGACAGCAAAUGCAAUAAUUAUUUAUAGUAUUUUAUUAUGUGGCUGUGCUUUUUAAUAUGUAGAUGGAGAAAAAAAAAACAUGUUAUAUAUAUUUUUUCAACUGAAAAAAUGAUGGAAUGAGGCAAGUUGACAGUGGGCGUUCUAACUGACCUCUGGUCACAUGGUCUUCCUCUGAUACAAGGCGGCGUCCUUCAUGAUGACGAGGCUUCUAGGAAGUAAUCAGAUGUUACUCGGGAAUGUUGUUGCCCAGUAAGUACAUGCAUACUGUGGGUGGAGCUAUCUCAUUGGGCCGUGGUAUCACUUCGUAGGGAUAUCUGGGUAAAAAAAUAGAGAAGGUUGAAAUAUUGUAGGUUGGUACUGUCAGUUCAUGUGUGACAUGCCUACUAUUUAAACAUCGUCUGACGA